AUGUCUCUUUUAUCUGGCUGGUAACGGUGGAAAUGUUUCGUAGCAUGCUGUAGCCAAGACUUCAGUGUGCUUUAAUCAACCCUGAGAAAUAUUCAGUGUGACAGAGCGCCUCUUCUCCCUGUCCGUCUAUGUGUGUGCGUGCGCGUGCGUCCGUGUGUGUGUGUUGGUGCUGAAGUUGCAUUGCAGGGGUGGGACUCCUGCAUUCAGAUCUUCAUCAUGCGCAGAGGAAAACCCAGGCUCACUUUCUGAUCGGAUCUAAACGCGCGUCAGAAGCGAACGGGUCCUGCACGUGCAUCGGAUGCUGUAAUGCGCGUAAAUUGAUGGAUGAGAGUGUGCGCGAGCAGGAGCGGGAGAAACAGACACUGCUGAAGGUGGCACUAUGUCUGUGCAGGGUCAGGAUAUUUCUGAAUAUCACCUGAGCGUGGUGCUGAACCCGCCUGGCUGGGAGGUGUGUUUGUUUGUGUUCGGCUUCCUGGUUCUGUUUGCUGUGGUUAUAGUGAAUCUGUGGAAAUUAUAUAAAUCCGGCUCCUUCCCGACUCCAUCUCCGUACCCAAACUUCCACUACCGCUACCUGCAGGAGAAAUAUGGCUCCUCCCACUCUGAGGUCAGACAGAAGCGCGUUGCAGCUUCCAACCAGCGGAGGGCGUCCUCUGUGAGCCGAAAGCCGAGUCUCCAGCUGUUGGACACUCCAGAUGGGCUUCGGGAUCUGGGAACGCUGGAGUUGAUGAGUCGAGAGCUGGACCCGAGCGGAGGCACCCUGAACCGCUCCGCGUCCUCUGAAUCGCUGUGCUCCAUCUCUUCUAUCGCUCAAACCUUCGGGCACGAGUUCACGGUGGGACAGCUGGAGGUCACGCUGGAGGUGGACACUCGGGCUUCACUUCUGCUCGUCUCACUGCACCAGGGUAAAGACCUCCUGGAGAAGGAGGAGGAGAACUUCCUGGGCUGCUACAUUACCGUCACGCUGGUCCCUCAGCAGAUCAGCCUGGGGGCCACACAGGUCCAGAGAAAUGCCUUCACCGUGAUGUUUGACGAGCGCUUCUCUGUUCCAAUGGAUUCAGUAAAUCUGGAGGAGAACAGUCUGCGGUUCUCCACCUUUGGUGUGGAUUCAGAUGAACGGAGCAUCAGUGCUGGAGUGGCAGAGCUCAAGCUGUCAGAUCUGGACCUGGCAUUCAGGCCGUUUAACGCCUGGCUCUACCUGCAGGACAUCAACAAGGCUGUGGACGCUGUCGGAGAGAUCCUGUUGUCUCUCAGUUAUUUGCCGACUGCAGAACGUCUCACUAUAGUCAUCGCCAAAGCAAAGAACCUGGUCUGGACUAAUGGAAAGACUACAGCAGAUCCGUUUGUGAAGGUGUACCUUCUCCAGGACGCCAGGAAGAUCAGCAAAAAGAAGACAUCCAUAAAAAGAGAUGAUACUAAUCCAAUCUUCAAUGAGGCUAUGAUCUUCUCAGUGCCAGCCAUCGUCCUGCAGGAUCUCUCUCUGAGAGUGACGGUCGCUGAGAGCACAGAGGAUGGCCGUGGUGAAAACCUGGGUCAUGUGAUCAUCGGACCAGAGGCCAGUGGAAUGGGAAUAACUCAUUGGAACCAGAUGCUGGCGACCCUGCGGAAACCGGUUUCAAUGUGGCACCCGCUCCGGAGGACCUAAGUCCUUGAGUCCUGACCCCUGUCCUCUGAAUCCUGUCUGCAUGGUGCCUACUGUCUGACUGUCCUAACAGUAAAGACAUUGCAUAUGAAGAGAAAGUCUUUGUGUUUCAGCUGUCUCGAGGAUGGUUGGAACUGUAAUGAGAGAAAGAGAAAGAGAAAUCAGCGGCUCAGGAUGUCUCAUCUGUAAGGGUCUUUGAAAUCCAGGUUUUCUUAUCCAGGUUAACUUCAUUUCUACAUAUGAUAACAGGGUGGCUGAUUGUGUGCUGCAGCCUUUGGGUGGAUUGUAAAAUGUAACAGAAAUUGUAGCCACAUUCUGUAGUACUAAGCAGAAAAAAAGAAAAAAAUUAUUUAUUUGGCCAUAAAUAUUUUUUAAUAUUAUGAUUUUGAAUAAUCUUAUUUUUCUCUGCUUAAACACAUUAAAAUAACAAAUAUACAGCAUAAAAACAAAUGGACUUCCAGUCUAUUUUCUCAGGCAAGUGCAAUGAAACUUAUUAGCCUAAUAGUGGCACCAUUGAGCCACAUAACGUAUCUUAAACUCAGCAUUGAGGUGUUUUACUUUUGAUUUAUUUUUGUCAAUAGAGUUGUUCCGUUUUUUUAAAGAUAUUAAAGUAAAUAAAAUCAAAGUACCAAUUUAUUUAUGUUUUUAUUUAUUUAUUUUGGCUAAUGCUUUUUACCAGUAGGGGGCGUGCAAGUACUUUCUAAAAUCUGUUUUGGGGAAGUUGCAAAAAAAAAAAAAAAAAAAAAAAAACAGUAGUCUUUUAAUAUUUACCUCUUAUGUUUUGUAUAGCAAUGUGAUAACUGGUUGCUCUGAACAGUAACUAUUAACAUUCGAUAUUAUUU